AUGGGUUAUAGGAAGGCGCGGGCUCUUCCGCGAUGGUGCGAGCCCGAGGCGCGUACUGUCGACUUUUUGACCGGUGUGGUUCAAAGAACAUGGGCGCCUACACAGUGGAGCGAUCAUUACCCGCCCAUCCAGAACCAGGCCGUCCCAGUUUUGGGUGUGAAACCCAGGGUUCAGGGUUCGGCGGGAUUCGCGCAGCAGAAGAAGGUGCGGGAGGCUGUGUGGGGUUCCCGCAAGAUCCCGAACGAGAGAGGUUGGUUGGGGGAAAGGAGCUGCGCCCGAAACUCGCAGAGCCGAGAGAAUUACGAAUUACCGUGUCUGGAAGAAGCACCUCGCAUCGUACCUCGCCUGUCGGUAGCUCAGUGCGCAGUGUGUCUGUCAGGAGUGAUUGCCGGCUUUCCAUCCUUUCCCCCUCAAGCCGUCCCAAUGGCCUGGGUGCGCUGCCAACAGGGCCCAGGUAGUUCCCGCUCCCGCUCCCGUAUCCGGCGUUGGCACAGUACGCUACCAACCUGGAAGGUACUGUCCAUGCCAACCCAAACCCCGGCGCAACAUCAUCCGCUAACCAGCGCGUCAUCCCAGCUACUUCAGCCUGACAACUUGAAACACAGUUACAAGGGCGCCAUACUAAUAAACGAUCCUGCGUCUGUGGCGCGUCUGUGGGCAACGUUUCGGGCAGCAAUUUGCGAGUACGGUUUUCCCGGACCUGCCCUGGCGAAACGAACCACCGAAAUCGAUGUUCCAUCAUUGUCCGCACUGUCAAAGACGCAGGCCCCCUCUGGCAAGGAGUUGGAGUGUGGGGCACCACCCAAUCUUCUGAGGUCCGUACAGAUCGCACAGUGCCAUUCAGCUGCGUUGGGAUGGGAGACGCAUGCGGCCGAUGGUAUCCCAUGGCUCUCUUCGCUGACAUACGCUGUCCUCCUGAGGCUCCUUCCGCUUUCUUGUCUAGCGUCCCUUGACGAGCAACAACGAACCGUCCAAAGACCAGCCAAUUUCGCCCAGAAGGACGGCCCAGUCUUGUCGCAAGGGUGUCCAUGCACACAGUCGACUGCACUGGCUAGUGGCCAAUCCGUGACAGCUACCUAA